AUGAGCUUAAGGAGGUUCGUGGCAAGAAGAGGUGUACCGACGACUAUCUAUUCGGAUAACGCCCGCAGCUUCAAGCGAGCGGACAAGGGGCUGCGGGCACUCUGGAACACGACAAAGGAUCUUCAGGUGAAUGACUACCUGACACAUCAAAACAUCACCUGGAGAUACAUCUUGCCCGGAGCCCCCUGGUGGGGGGGCUGGUGGGAAAGACUCGUCCGGACAGUGAAGACUGCUCUUCGUAAAGUUCUGGGGAAAACGUCACUCGGCUUUGAAGAACUCAGAACAGUAAUGACCGAAGUUGAGGCGGUAGUCAACUCCAGGCCACUCACGUACGCUAGCUGCAGUCCGGACGACUCAAACGUAUUAUGUCCAUCUCACUUUCUCGUGGGCAAGAGAGUUAUCGCCCUGCCGACGCAGCCAGCAACACAGCACGACGACCAAAAUCAAUCAACGAAAGAUCAACUGACGCGUAAAAUGCUCUACAGAGAAAAGUUGAUGCAGCACUUUUGGAGACGCUGUAGACGCCAGUAUCUCUUGCAGCUCCGGUCAGCACAUCAUUUUGAUUCUACGUCCUCCAAGAGGCUACUACCUGGCGACGUAGUUGUGAUUGAAAGCAACAGGCCGAGGAACCUAUGGGACAUCGGCAGAAUCAUGGAAACCUACGAAGGUCAGGAUGGUCACGUAAGAUCGUGCCUCCUUAAACGCCAAGAUGGCAAGACAACGAAAACUCCUGCACAGCAUCUCUACCAUCUUGAAGUAUGA